ACUUCUCUGUUUUGUUUCAGAAAAAAACAGACAAGAUGGAUCAUGCGUUACUGCUGUUCAUAUUUUUCAUGCCUGCAGUGGGUCUUGCUAAUGGAACAGGAACUGAACAAGAUUUUACCUGGCAUUUAAAGAAGGUUCCCCAAAUUGUGAGUGAAAGAACUUUCUCCCUUGACAGCCCUAAAUUUGAAGCAAAACCCAACUUGGAGCUGAACAGCGUAUGUGGAAUUGAAUGUCAAAGGAAAUUGCCAGUACCCAGCUUGUCUGACUUGAAGGACUUCUUAUCCUAUGAGACUAUCUUUGAAAAUGGCACGCGGACCCUGACUGAAGUGAAUGUUCUUGGGCUGACACUUGAUCCAGCUGGAAACACAACUGCACAUAAGUCUUUGAGAAAGAAGAGGCAGAUAUAUGGAACAGACAGUAGGUUCAGCAUCUAUGACAAGCGGUUUAUGACCAACUUUCCUUUCAACACAGCUGUGAAGAUCUCCACUGGCUGCAGUGGCAUUCUCAUUUCCCCAAAGCAUGUGCUCACAGCUGCCCACUGUCUGCAUGAUGGCAAGGACUAUGUUAAGGGCAGCAAAAGGCUGAGAGUGGGUCUGAUGAGGACGAAGUCCAGAGGUGAUGGCAGGAAACGCAAAGGUGCUAAAAGAAGCAGGAGAGAAGCCCUUGAGGCCCAAGAGGAUUCUGAAGUUGCCACAGGACAAAGGCGACGGUCCAGAGGCGGUGGGAGAAAGCAGAGGAGAUCUGGGAGGAAGCAGGCGAGCUCAGAUGGCAUGCCCUCCUUCCAGUGGACCAGAGUGAAGAGUACUCACAUCCCAAAAGGCUGGUUUAAGGGUUUCUCAGGAGAUAUUGCCCUAGAUUACGAUUAUGCUGUUCUUGAGCUCAAGCGACCCCACAAAAGGAAAUACAUGGAGCUGGGAAUCAGCCCUACCAUCAAAAUGAUGCCUGGCAGUAUGAUCCACUUCUCAGGCUUUGACAAUGACCGAUCUGGGCAGCUAGUCUACAGAUUUUGUAGCAUUUCUGAUGAGUCCAAUGAUCUUUUUUAUCAGUACUGUGAUGCUGAGCCUGGCUCCACUGGGUCUGGUGUUUAUCUUCGUCUGAAGGAGCCAAACAAAAGGAAGUGGAAACGCAAGAUCAUUGCUGUAUUUUCGGGCCACCAGUGGGUGGAUGUCAAUGGGGAACAGCAGGAUUACAAUGUAGCGGUAAGAAUUACUCCUCUCAAAUAUGCCCAGAUUUGCUUCUGGAUACACGGCAAUGAUGAGAAUUGCGCACAAGGCUGAAGAGAGUUGACGCUAACUUGCCAAGCACCCAUAAUAUCAUAGAGUGAAAAUCUGCUGCCAGCGGCUACCGAGAGAACAUCAUUCCGCAUCAGGAUGCCUUCGAACAAAUAGUGUUAUGGUGACUUGAGUGACUCUGGAUGGUUGGGAGAUGGGUGUCAAACAAAAUGUUUUCAGUUGCAAUCAACUCCAGGUCUGCACUUGAAAUCCCAAGGUAUAUUUAUAUUUGUAAUUGUGAUAAAUUCUAAUCAUUCACAUCAGAAAAAAAUGGCAACACUUGUUUGUCAUUUUUUCCCCCCACGGAAAGGAUUAGAACUUCUCAAACUGGUAUUAUUUAACACCAUACAUUUUUCCAAUGGAUUUGCUUUUCUCAGGGUUCUGUUUCAAUUCUUCAAAUGCAAGUUGCACAUACAUCCCUUUACUGUAUGCGCAGAAUGUAUGUGUACUGCAUGAGACCAAGACUUUUUUUGGCAUUUUCUAAAGACCACAGCUCCAUGUUGAGAAACAGCAAUCUAAUUCAAGCUUGUUAUUUUGGAAAGCUCUGGUUGCUGGAGGAACGCUCCCAUGGAAAUCCCACAUUUCUUUAGUUGAUGACCAGACCUAAAAGACAAAUUUUGCUUCAUUGCUCAGUAAAAACAACAAAGAGAAAUUAAUGAGCAGAAGUUUCCAUGUUUGGAAGAAGAAGAAACAUUAGAACGUAAUGUAAUGCCUUUGAAUAUUCUUUGAGAAGCUAGACAAGUCUUAAACAUAUGGAUUUAUUUUCUAGUUAGUGUUUGAAAAGCUGUAGCUUUAGUUUCUUUUCAAACAUUUAGCUUUCCCAUAAGGCAAAGCGGUGGCUGUUGGACAAUCGUUUAGAGCUUCACCUCAAAGCCACAGGUGAUGGCUUUAUAUUGGGUGCUAACCAUUUUUGCAGACGUUUAAAAUUACUUUAUAAGAAUUCAGCUUCAUAGGUAGAAUGCUCUGGGUAUUAGGCUGGGAGUUGGAAAGCAGUAUUUCCUUGCCUUUAGUUUUACGAAGUGGGUAGUUUUAAUCAUGUCAUAUUGAGACUCCACCUCAACUUGAGUUUUAGGGUUAAAUUAAGAAAAAACCUCCCAACUAAAUUAUACCACUUUCUGAAUGGUGGACAAACUACCCUGUGCUUUAUGAGAGAUAUCAUGCUAUGUAGCAGCAGUAGUUAUCAAAUCAUGUGGUUCAAUGUGUUUGCUGAACCACCCAGUUAAUGAAAACACAAAGUGAGCUUGACUUCUACAUGCUUUUAUACCAUGAAUCGCCUUUAUAAAAAUUGGUUGCUGUUGAUUGCCAUGCAAGCCUUAAUCUUGUUGGUUUUUUUUGUUUGUUUGUUUUGUUUUUUUUCGUUUUGUUUUGUGUGUGUGUCAAGAUUUUGGAGUGCACAGGGUUGUUAUGAUGAUAUGUUAAUCUAAUAACAUAAAAGGAUACUGUGUACUUCAGAUCACAUCCAUUGAGUUUAACUACAUUCAUAAUUAUUCAACACUGCAAUCUUUCAUUUUUAAAUAAGUUUAUAGUGACCAAAAUUCUUUUUCUUCCUAUGCAGAAGAAAAAUUAUAACAAGAUUUUCAAAUAUUAUUCAUUUGUUGGUAUAUUUGAAAUAUGCUUUUAACAUUUUUCAGUGAAAUAUGAUCCUUUUUAAUAACUGACUUCUUCUGUAAAUGAUUGGAAACAUAAAACCUGACACUUUGAAUGCGCAGGCGAUUUUGUCAUAUUAUUGACAAAGCAUAAAAAUUUAACGCUUGUUUCCAUACCUUAACUAUUACAACAUUCCACUAAUUGGAAAUAUCUCACUUUAAUGGAAAAUAUUUCUUUCAACUUCUGCCAUUUCAGGCAACAUUAAACUUGUUUUUUUUUAAGACUUGUGUGAUUGUUUGCAAAAAACAAACAAAAAAAACCCUAAUAAUAAUUGUUAAAGUUUAGAAAUCUAUGUCUAAUUAAUUUUAAAGUUAAUUAUGUUUGUCGUUGUUAACAUCUGAAUUAAGAUAUAUGGUUUCACUGACUAAUUUUAAAUCCCCUCAGUCCAGUAUUUAAUGUUCUUGCUCUAUGCAGCUGGCCUAUAAUAUUCUACCAUAAGGUGGUUCUGCAGUCUUUUUCCUAAGUGCCUUUUUCCGUAGUUAUGGUAAGAAUUGAGAUACCUCAUUGUUGAUCAAUAGAAGUCAGCACGGUUCCGUGGACUUUGAUACAACUCCAACCUCACAGAAUGGCCUGGGUUGAAAAGGACCUUAAAGAUCAUCUAGUUUCACUCUCCCUGCUGUGGGCAGGGCUGCCAACCACUGGACCGGGCUGCCCAGAGCCACAUCCAGCCUGGCCUUGAAUGCCUUCGGGGGUUCAUUCUUGAUUUGAGUCCAAAACUGAUCACAGUAAGGUAACAUAGUACAUUCCUUGUUUUCUAAAGUAUUCUCUAGAUCUGCUCAUUAGGAAAAGAAAUUUCCUAAGGCAUUAUUUCUUCAUUAGUUUGGGAACUGAAGACAAGGUAAGAAUGAAAAAUAUUACCAGUUUUCAGAUGGUCUUCUAACAAUCAUCUGCUCUUGAUGUCUCAACCACAAUUUGUAUCCAGGCUUCUGUAUCUGAUUGACUGUGCACAGACAUGCAAAUAUAUGGGUUUGGAAAGCAUGUGCUGUUUUGUCAGGCCAAGCAGACAUGAAUGGACAAAAUGUUAACGCCAGACAAUAUUUAGAUCUGCCACUUACCCUAAUAAAGAAGGAAAUAUUUUGUGUAGGCAUUGUCACUGCCUCCCGAAUAGUUCAUAAAUCAAGUAUUUAUGCACUGGCCAAUGCACUGCACACAGCUACAGUCACCCACCACUACAAGUGGCACAAGGACUUCUGAGCUUCAGAUAUCCUUCAGAUAGCAUUAGUUGGCAUUUUGUUAUCUAUGAAGAAAUGCAGGAGAGGGUGUUCCUAGUGAGCAGUGUAGUGCACAGGAGUCAGGCUGGCUUCCCAGAACAAUGUUUGGGACAACUUUUCUUCUGGGAAAAAUCUUUUCCCAAAGAAUUUUUCCCUCUUUGCAGUACUGGAGUAGGCAUCAUUUAUUUUCCUCAGUAUUGAUGCUUUUUCAUAAGAGCUGAUAUUUAGCUGUGUUCUUGGCUUUAGGAAAAAACAAACAAACGAACAAAAAGAAACCCAUAAAUUCAAAUAAUUUCCUUUUCUUCUAAAGGGCUACUGGCAGUCUGUGAAGUUAACAAACAAGCUUUCCCCAGGCCAACGGCACAUCUCAUGUUCAAACCAUUAACACACCCAGAUGAGGUUCUGCAAGGUAAUUGUGCACGUGGUUAGUCUGGGGCUCUGAGAAGUGCAUGGAAGUCAAGGGGGUUAUCUAUGAUGUGAAAAAUUGAGUUUGUAUUAUCUUACAAAAGGAAAACACAAACUUAUUUCUGCUGUAUGAGGAAUAGAGUGUCUGAUGCUUUAAAAAUUGCUUAAAGAAACCCCUGGAGUCAGUUUAUAACUUACCAUCCAAGUUCUGCAGAUUUAUGAGUCUGCAUGAAUAUGAAUCAGCCCAGAAUAUGGUUGCAGUAAGAAACUAAUUCAUGUGGGAGAGAGAGGCAUGUGGGGCAUUCCUCCCAGUCUGCUGAUAAGGGACCAGCUUGCAGCAGGCAGCAAUGGCUACAGAAAAAGGGAGCAAAACAAGUUGAUAUUUCAAGAAGGAGGUGGUGUGCUGUGCAAGGAAUAAAGAAAGUGUGGAGAGUAACAGAUGAAAUGGUUGUGAGGUAACAGUGGGACCCACUGGAAGCAGGAGCAGGCAGCUGGGAAAGGCAUAGCAGUAUAGAUUAAGAUGUAAAAAUCAUAAGUCACAUAGAAGACUCCUUCCACUACCAAGCCUGAAGCUCUUCUUCCCAGCCUCAAGCCCUAAGGAAAGGGCUGGGAGGACUGAAGCUCUGACAGGGACCACAAGCAGGCAGCAGCUGCCAACCCACAUCUACAGACCUUGCCCAAAGUCACAGUAAGUCGGAGUCCUUGGGAAGCAACAGACUCAAAGCCCAAAGGGUCAGAACCUCCCAGCCACAGCGUGUCACCAACAGAGUGGGAAUACUUUUCCCUGGGAAGUUGUCCAAAUCUGACGUUCUGGUGGGAUUUCUGCAAAGGCUGUUCCCUCUUGGAAAAAGAAAACCCAAACUUCAACUGUUGAUCCCAUUCUUGUUGCAUAUACUUACAAAGUCUAGCCAAUAAUUUUUUACAAAUACCUUUAGUUUGUUUGGUAUCUUUGUAGAAAUUUAAUCAACUGAUUCUAAUUGUAAAGCACAGCAUAUUGCAGAUACUUCCAUUAAUAAAUUACUGGACUUGAGAAUAAAAUGAAAAAAUAAAAAAUAUUAUUAGAUUGAAUGCUUAAAUUUGCACAGUAUUCUCAAAGGAGUUGACAGCAGGUUUGAGUCCCUGGUUUUCAUUUUUCUUGUACCAACAUUUGUUCCAAGUAUGAUAUAGUAUUUAGGUUAAAAACCCCAAGAGGUGGCUUGUAUGAUUCCUUAAUAUUCUUAACUUUAUAAAGUGUGGCAGCAAACUAAUUGUUUUUAUACAAUUCUUAGAUGCACAAAAUGAUGGCUCACUUGGGGAAACUAAUGCAAACCUUUGGUAUAUUAAGAUGUUAUUCAAUGCACAUACUCCAUCAAUAAAUAUUUUCUAUUGUUUUUCUUUUCCUCUUUCACGA